AAAUAAACGGAUUAUGAUACAAAUGCAGUUGGUGACAAACAAUUCAUGGCAAAGCAUUUCCACCGGCUGCCAUCCUAAGUUUAUAUCUUGUUUAAAAAACUUGUUUUAAACUUUUUAAAUUAAAAAUAAAUAUUAUAAAUUUUAUUUUAAAUAACUUAUAAUAAUUAUUGUAUAUUAUAGCUAAAAAAAUACUAUCGAAUCAAGUUGAUGAUUUUUUUUCAACGCACUACAGUAAGACAAUAAUUUCAGCUGAUUAAUAUUGAUUGAAGGCGAAACAAAAAUAAAGAGGAAUAAAGCUCAAUAGGAAAUUAAACAAAUAUCAAAAAGAAACAUUGAAUUUUGAUAACAAAAAAAAAAAAAAAAUCCAUCGAAGAUACAAAGAAAAUUUAUUAAAAAAGCGCAAGCGCGAUCGAUUUUUAACUUGUGAUAUAUAUUCCUGUAACUCGUGCGUCAUAGACGAGCACUUGUAUCAAGACAACCAGUUGAUCACCAUAUUUAUAAUGGUUGGUAUAUUUUGCCCACAGUAUUUGACAAUAGUUGCCUUAAUUGGUCUUGUCUCAUCAUUUACAAUUCAAACAAAACAAAAUGAAGAUGUUCCUGUUGUAGUUGAGGAACUGUUAAAUCUUUUGACUGUCAAUUCUCCUGCUUCCAUUGAAAAAGUUGAAGUACAACGUCCAGGCUAUCCAACAGAAAAUUUCGACUGGCAAGGUCCGGGAAAUGUAGGUCAAAUAGUUGGUGUAUCAGUUGAUUCUGAAGGAAGACCAGUAAUAUUUCAUCGUGGUGAUCGAACAUGGAAUUACAAUACUUAUGAUGAUAAUUUGGAAUAUGAAGAAGCAUUUGAAGGACCAAUUCAAGAUGCAACAAUACUAGUAUUAAAUUCAAUAACAGGUGUUGUUGUAAAUGCUUGGGGAGAACAAAUAUUUUAUCUUCCACAUGGUCUUCAUAUUGAUCCAUUUGGAUAUGUUUGGUUAACAGACGUUGCACUUCAUCAAGUUUUCAAGUUUAAACCAGGUUCAAGAAGACCAGAUUUAAUUCUAGGUGAAAGAUUUACUCGUGGAAGUGAUGAUCAACAUUUUUGUCAACCAACUGCUGUUGCUGUAGCUAAAAGUGGAGAAAUUGUUGUUGCAGAUGGUUAUUGUAACAAUAGAAUUAUGGUUUUUGAUGAAUCAGGAAAUUUAAUCAACAAAAUUCCACAACAAAAUGAAUUUGUGACAUUACGAGUACCACAUGGUCUUGCAAUUCUUGAUCAAGGAGAUGUUUGUGUCGCUGAUCGUGAGAACAUGCGUAUAAUUUGCCUCAACGUUGGCCUCCGUUCAAACAACGACAUCAACAACAACAAUAAUAAUAAUAAUAUUAAUGAAAGACGAAGACCACCACUAACGUUACAUCAACCUGAUCUUGGCAGAGUAUUUGCUGUUGCUGCUCAUGGUAACAUUCUCUAUGCAGUCAAUGGUCCAACAUCACCAAUGAUACCAAUACGGGGAUUUAUUAUGGAUCCAAAAUUCGAAGAUAUUUUUGGAAGUUGGUCACCAUCAACAGGAAAUUUUGAACAACCUCAUGCAAUGGCAAUAUCUCCAAAUGGAUCGGAACUUUAUGUUACUGAAAUUGGACCGAAUAAAAUAUGGAAGUUUGAUCUUGUUCGUGGAAAUCGACAAGAUGAUAUAUGGAAUAAUUUGGAGUAAAGAAUAAAAAAUAUAACAAAAAAGAAAUGACUUCGAAUCGACAAUUGAGCUGGUUAUAAAAAUAAUUUUUAAAUGACAUUUCUUGACUUGAAACAAUAGUGCUAAUAAUUUUGGAUAAUUAAAUAUAUUUAUCUUGUUAUAAAAAAAUUUAAAAAAUUAUCUAUUUCAUACUGAGAUAAUUCUCUAUCAUUUUAUGUUAUUUAAAAAAAAAUUUUACUGAGUUAUUCAUAUUUAUCAUUUGAUGAAGAAGAUGUGAAAAAUAUAUCAGAUGAAAAAUAAAUAUAUCAAAUUUUUUUUUCGUGGUUUAUCUUGAAUCGAUUAUUUACCAUACUAAUUAUUAUUUUCAUUAAUUAUCGUUAAACUUGUUUCAUCUUAAAUGUAAUUAUUAUUUAGAUUGUAUGAUGAAUAAAUUGAACAUUUAGUAAAUAUGACAUAAAAGGUAUAAAAUUUGUGCAAAAUUAUAAAAAGAAAAAUUUCAAUUUUACACGACUCAAUAUUGUCAUGUAAUUUUGAAAAAAAAAUUGGUUGAAAAAAUAUUACAAUAGAGAUAUGUAAUUGUCAAUUUGUUUGACAAUCUUUUUUUUCAGAUUUUUUUUAUGUUUACACAUAAACAGUAUGUCAGCAUGUCAACAACGCAAUAUUUAUGAAAACUGAAAAGAACAAAGGAAACAUGAUGCUGAAUAAUAAUAAUGAUAAAUAAAUUUAAGACAAAAAGAAAAUUAUGAUGAAAAAAUAUAAAGAAAAAAGAUUGCAUGUAUGUAAAAUAUUAUGUAAAUUACAAGCUGUAUGUGUUGUGUAGGUAAAAAUACAUACAGCCAUGGCUUACGUUACGGUAACGCCAUAAAUGUGACCACGAUUCAGGAGACUAAUGAAGAUGUGCUGGUGCGUGCUGGACCAGUCAAACCUGGUCAGAUUCCCCUCUUCAUUUAUUUUUUUUUUCUUUACUAUCAUCCAACAUUCUCUCUUACCAUAAAAUUUUUAUUUUUUUUCUUUCGUCUACCUUAAUCUCUACACUCAGCAUCUUCGAAAAUAUACCAUCAUAUCCAAAGGUUUGUCACUGAUUACCCGCAUCUCUGUCUCGCUCCAAACAACAUUUAACAGGUUAUAAAUAUAUGCAGGUAUAUAAGGGCUUUUUCAUGAGUUAAAUUACUGAACUAUUUUUUUAUUUAAAAUCAAUUGAAAUAAACUUAAAAAUAUGAAAUUCCAAUUGGCUUAAUUCGGGAGUAAUACGUAUAGCAAUUUGGAGAAAUAUUUUCACAUGAAUGAAAUAUUGAAAGUUAUUUUUUAAAAAGGAUACCAAUUAGAAUUAAUUUGAGUACGGUAAUCGACCAAAAAAUCAAAAAAACAUUUUUUGAACAAGUUUUUCUUGGUUUUUAUAAUAUUUCUAAAAUAAUAAAAUUAAUAACUAUUCAUGAAUAUUUAGUGAGAGAAAAUUGGAGUAAUUAUUUUCAUCACGGUAUAUUUUAUAUGAAUGAGUUUAAAUUUAAAGAAAAAAAAAAGAAAUCAGCAAAGAAUAGGUGACCAUAAUAAUAUAUCCGGUUACUGCCUCUAUUCAAACUAAAAAAAUAACAUAUAUCAAUCGAAUAUAUGAAGAUUGUUUGUACAGAUUUCAUGUUAAAAAAAAACCUAGAAACUGAAAUGGCAUUCUAUAAAUAAUUCUCAAUAUGUAUAUAUAUAUUGAAUGCCUGGAUACAAAAAAAAAAA